AUGUGUGACCAGGGGUACAGCAUCGCCGACUUCAAGACGACGUUGGUCAAGUACGGUCUAGUAUCCCUGCAGACCGACGAGAGUGUUAUGAUCUCUCUGAUCGUCGCCGCGCUCACGAAGAAGCCGGAGCUCUCCUUCGACCCAACAACGCUACGUACACUCAUAGAAGGCAAUCCUGCCGCUUUUCGAGAGUAUACAGCGUUCCUCGCUGAGAGGUGCUCCGUUGCUCCCACCCCUGCAGCUGAAGAACAGCCCGCUGCAUCCACCUCUGCUCGCUCAACCGCAGCAUCACGAAGCGCAGCAGGGAAGGUGCCUUCGACGCGUAAGCGCGAACACGGGCGGCAAGAGCAUGAGGCGACGCCGGAGGAGGAGGAACGUCCGCGCCGGUUGGGAAAGAGAGGUGCUCCAUCCCCCUCUCCCUCUCCUGGAAGGCGCGCGGUGAAGCGUGCGCGUACUAUCAUGUGGACUCAAGACUCGACCGCUAUUGUCAUUGAUAUCGACGAUGCCGGGGUGGCGCGUGAUAUUACCCCGCCGGACGGUCAGUUGCAUUCAAAGUCGCCCAAUGUCCUCCCACUUGCCGAUAGUGAGCUUGGCGAUGACACCACCCCGCUGGAGGACGAAGAUAGCCCGUUUAUGUUCGUGGGCUCUCCCCGUCCGCCCAGGACCAUCCUGGAGGCGCGUGCGAACAAGUCGGGUUCGCCGCAGAAGAUGUCUCCGAAGGCGGGCGCGAACAGCUCGAGUUCGCCGCUGAAGGCGAGGGCGCGCAUGAACAGGGCGGGUUCGCCGCAGAAGACGCCUCCGAAGUUGGCAGGGAAGGUGCCUUCGACGCGUAAGCGCGAACACGGGCGGCAAGAGCAUGAGGCGACGCCGGAGGAGGAGGAACGUCCGCGCCGGUUGGGAAAGAGAGGUGCUCCAUCCCCCUCUCCCUCUCCUGGAAGGCGCGCGGUGAAGCGUGCGCGUACUAUCAUGUGGACUCAAGUGAGUCAUGUUCAUCGGCUAUCUCUGUAUUUUGUACUGCUACGUCUCGAACAUGACUCGAUGCUCUCUUCUGUUUCGAUCACCUGGAGUGAAUACUCCAGUCAGUGCUGUUUGUGUGACCGUCUCGGGGUUAGGAUAUGUGCUGCUGGCACCGGCGUUGCAGGUCAUCUGACCGCGUUUCGGCCGUCGACCGACGAAGCCCGCCCCUCGCCUACGGACUCGCACCGCGCAUUGAGUUGA